AUAUUAUUUAAUAAUACCAUUAUCACUUGCGAUGCUGUUAAGUUUCAUGCCUUUCUCGUUCUACGAGCUGAAAUUUGAUCAAGUACAAAAUCGUGUUUGGUACAGUUCAAUUACCUGGGAAUGGGCAACGUACCUUGCAUGGAUCAUCUGGUCCAUUAUGUAUUGCACUUUCUCAAUUUCCCUGAUACUUUACAGCAUAAACAAGCGGAGCAAAGGUGCAGAUUCAACGUCCAUCGACAACUCCGAAUCCUCCUCCUCCGCCACCCAUUUUUCCAAGAACACUUCUCGACACGUUACUCGCAUAACUUUUUAUUCAUUAAUACCGAUUUUAACAUAUUUACCAACCAUAAUAUUAGACCUUUAUUACAUAUAUAUAGGCAACAAUAAUUCACUUAUUAAUAUAAUUUCCUUACUAUUUUCAUCAUCACAAGGAAUUUUUACUUUGAUAAUCUUUUUGUUUGAUCCAGUUAUCAGUCAAUUAAGAUCAUGUCAUGAAAAAGAUAAACAACAUAAACAAGUCGUUUUAGAUACGGUUAGAAAGGGGGUUUACGUUGAAAACAUCUAUAAGCUUGAUUUACCCAGGAAACGAGACCAACAAGAACAGCAGAUCAAUGAUGCUAACAAUAUUCAUGCAAAGAAUGCUAAAAAAAGUAGCAUUUAUAAUCUAGUCUUUGCUCUUUAUGAUAAUAGAAGGAGCUUAAUUGUUAGAAAUGACCAUUUGAACCUAGAUAAUGAUAAUGAUAUGAUCGCCCUUCUUUAA